GGCUGCAGGGGGCUCCUGCUGCACCCGGGCGGAAUUUGAGGCCUUGUACCGGGUCAACCUGUCCGCCCUUCCGCCCGCACCCCUCUUCAGGGGCCCAGGCCCGCUCCUAGCGCUGGGCCUCUACACCCUGCUGCUCGUGGCCCUGAUGACCGCCGACCUCGUGCACUUCUGCCGCGGCAGAGCGGGAGGCCGGCGCCCUGGUCGCAGCCGGCCGCCCUCCGGAUCCUCCGCCGCGCGCCCCCUGCAGGUCUCCGCGGGAACGUACUAGGCGCGCCCACCGCUAGUCUGCGCCGCAGACCCGAGCCCCGCCCCUCGUCCGGCGCACUCUCGCCUUGGCCCCGCCCCUUCCUGCCCCCGCCUCUGACGCAGGACAGGGGCGGGGCGGCCGUCGCCGGAUUCCUGAGCCUGAUCCCACCCACCCCCGCCCCAGAGACUGCGCCUGCGCGCGCCUUGGACGCCGGCCGCGGGAUGACUGCCAGCUCAGUGGAGCAGCUGCGGAAGGAGGGCAACGAGUUGUUCAAAUGCGGGGAUUACGAGGGCGCCCUGACGGCCUACACUCAGGCCCUGGGUCUGGGCGCGACGCCUCAGGACCAGGCCAUCCUGCACCGAAACCGGGCCGCCUGCCACCUGAAGCUGGAGGAUUAUGACAAAGCUGAAACCGAAGCAUCCAGAGCCAUCGAAAAGGAUGGAGGGGACGUCAAAGCACUUUACCGGCGCAGCCAAGCCCUAGAGAAGCUGGGCCGUCUUGACCAGGCCGUCCUUGACCUGCAGAGAUGUGCGAGCCUGGAGCCCAAGAAUAGAGUUUUCCAGGAGGCCCUGAGGAACAUUGGCGGCCAGAUUCAGGAGAAGGUGCGGUACAUGUCCUCGACGGACGCCAAAGUGGAACAGAUGUUUCAGAUACUCUUGGACCCCCAAGAGAAAGGCACCGAGAAAAAGCAGAAGGCUUCCCAGAACCUGGUGGUGCUGGCCCGGGAGGAUGCUGGGGCCGAGAAGAUCUUCCGGAGCAAUGGGGUGCAGCUCUUGCAACGGCUGCUGGACACGGGCGAGGCCGACCUCAUGCUGGCGGCUCUGCGCACGCUGGUCGGCAUUUGCUCAGAGCACCAGUCGCGGACUGUGGCUACCCUGAGCGUGCUGGGAACUCGGCGGGUGGUCUCCAUCCUGGGCGUGGAAAACCAGGCCGUGUCCCUGGCUGCCUGCCACCUGCUGCAGGUUAUAUUUGAUGCCCUCAAGGAAGGCGUCAAGAAAGGCUUCAGAGGCAAGGAAGGCGCCAUCAUUGUAGACCCUGCCCGGGAACUGAAGGUCCUCAUCAGUAACCUCUUGGAGCUACUGACCGAGGCGGGGGUCUCUGGUCAAGGCCGGGACAACGCUCUGACCCUCCUGAUUAAAACAGUGCCCCGGAAGUCUCUUAAGGACCCCAACAACAGCCUCACCCUCUGGGUCAUUGACCAAGGCCUGAAGAAGAUUCUGGAGGUGGGGGGCUCUGUGCAGGAUCCCGCUGGGGAACUCACGGUGACGGCGAACAGCCGCAUGAGCGCCUCCGUCCUCCUCAGCAAGCUUUUCGAUGACCUGAAGUGUGAUGCUGAGAGGGAGAAUUUCCACCGACUCUGCGAAAACUACAUCAAGAGCCGGUUUGAGGGCCAAGGGCUGGCCGGGAAGCUGCGGGCCAUCCAGACGGUGUCCUGCCUCCUGCAGGGCCCGUGCGAAGCCGGCAACCGGGCCCUGGAGCUGAGUGGCGUCAUGGAGAGCGUGAUCGCUCUGUGCGCCUCCGAGCAGGAGGAAGAGCAGCUGGUGGCGGUGGAGGCCCUCAUCCACGCGGCCGGCAAGGCCAAGCGGGCCUCCUUCAUCACCGCCAACGGCGUCUCACUGCUGAAGGACCUGUACAAGCGCAGUGAGAAGGACAGCAUCCGGAUCCGGGCGCUGGUGGGGCUGUGUAAGCUCGGCUCGGCCGGAGGGACGGACUUCAGCAUGAAGCAGUUUGCCGAAGGCUCUACUCUCAAACUGGCUAAGCAGUGUCGCAAGUGGCUGUGCAAUGACCAGAUCGAUGCAGGCACCCGGCGCUGGGCAGUCGAGGGCCUGGCCUACCUCACCUUCGACGCCGAUGUGAAGGAAGAGUUUGUGGAAGAUGAGGCCGCCCUGAAGGCUCUGUUCCAGCUCAGCAGGUCCGAGGAGAGGUCGGUGCUCUUUGCGGUGGCUUCGGCACUGGUGAACUGCACCAACAGCUACGACUACGAGGAGCCGGACCCCAAGAUGGUGGAGCUGGCCAAGUAUGCCAAGCAGCACGUGCCUGAGCAGCACCCCAAGGACAAACCAGGUUUUGUGCGAGCCCGGGUGAAGAAGCUGCUGGCCGCGGGCGUGGUGUCAGCCAUGACGUGCAUGGUCAAGACCGAGAGCCCCGUGCUGACUAAUUCCUGCCGAGAGCUGCUCUCCAGGGUCUUCCUGGCUUUGGUGGACGAUGUAGAAGACCGUGGCACUGUGGUUGCUCAGGGAGGGGGCAAGGCUCUGCUCCCGCUGGCCCUGGAAGGCACUGAUGUGGGGCAGACGAAGGCAGCCCAGGCUCUUGCCAAACUCACCAUCACCUCCAACCCAGAGAUGACUUUUCCUGGUGAGCGGAUCUAUGAAGUGGUCCGGCCCCUCGUCUCCCUGUUGCACCUCAACUGCUCAGGCUUGCAGAACUUCGAGGCACUCAUGGCUCUGACCAACCUGGCAGGGAUCAGUGAGAGGCUCCGGCAGAAGAUCCUGAAGGAGAAGGCUGUGCCCAUGAUUGAGGGCUAUAUGUUCGAGGAGCACGAGAUGAUCCGCCGGGCAGCCACGGAGUGCAUGUGUAACUUGGCCAUGAGCAAAGAGGUGCAGGACCUUUUUGAAGCCACGGGCAACGACCGGCUGAAGCUGCUGGUGCUGUACAGCGGGGAGGACGACGAGCUGCUGCGGCGGGCAGCUGCUGGGGGCCUGGCCAUGCUCACCUCCAUGCGGCCGUCACUCUGCAGCCGCAUCCCCCAAGUGACCACACACUGGCUGGAGAUCCUGCAGGCCUUGCUUCUAAGCCCCAGCCAGGAGCUGCAGCACCGGGGGGCCGUGGUGGCACUGAACAUGGUGGAGGCCUCGAAAGACAUCGCCAGCACCCUGAUGGAGAGCGAAGUGCUGGAGAUCCUGUCGGUGCUGGCCAAGGGCAAGGAAGGCCCGGUCACCAGGGCUGCCGCAGCCUGCCUGGCAAAAGCGGUGGAAUACGGGCUUAUCAAACCCAACCAGGACGGAGAGUGAGGGGCCGCCGCAUGCAUACGCCCCCUGUUGCAGCAGAGGAGUGAGGACAUACACGGCCGGGGCUGCUGGGGGCUGGGUGCUGCACGCUGGCUUCUCUGUAGCUGCCCUUUGAUGUCCUCUGCUAAGUCAGGGACCACACUCAUUCACAGCCCUGCUCUGCCAGCACUGCCUCCAGCCUCACGCAGCAGGGCCCUUUUCCUGUCCUGUAGACCGCUGGGGAGGGGGCACGUUAUACCCUGACCCGGCCUGUGGAUUCCCGGAAUUGGGAAAGGGCACAUCACGCAGCCUCACCAACUGAGAGCAUCUCCUGACCUGCUAGCGGCAGUGCCUCGACCCUCUAAGUAUAUGGAACUGAAAUGUGUGCCCUGUCCCUAGGCAGGGAGGGCUGGCUGUGAGCCAGGCCUGGUAGAGUGCACAGCAGAGCCACGGUACAGAAGGAAGCCAAUGGAUUCUCCACCCGAGAGCCUGCUGAGUUGCUUUUUAAUUCUGUUCGAGGGUCAAGGGGUAAACCUAGGCAGCUAAUUAAAAAAAAAUCUGUUCCAUCUCUUGGAAUAAAUGGGUUUGGACUCCUA